CAGGUGAAAGUGCCUGGCGACGACGGUGCCAAAGGCAGGUCUGCAAACCUCACGCCAAAACACUGAGUUGGAGCAAGUGUGAGCAUUGAAGUAUCCGGUCCGGUUCCGCCAAAUUCGUUCACAGCGCAACUCCAUCUUUUCGCACCCACAUACGGUACUGUAACAUCGCAUCGGCUCUAACUUGACAUCAUACAUCUCAAUCGUUCAGUUUAGAGUAGUGUAUUGUAGCUACCAUUUCUCUUGGCAACACAGACAACACAACACAACACAACACAACACAACACAAGUAACUGACAAUGAGCAUGGCCAACGACGGUCUUACCCUGAAAGUAUUGGACGCCGAAUUCAGCUGUACCAUUUGCUUUGAACGAUUUGCAUCCCAGCAGAAUGCGCUCUUGACACCCCAUUCCGGAAUCUGUGGCCACUCCUUUUGCAAGAGGUGUAUUCUGAAUCUGUUGGACGAGCAAGAAGCAGCGCCGUGUCCUCUGUGUCAAAAUCAGGCCGCGUUUGUGGCGGGGCACUUGAUCCCCAACGUGGCACUAUGCAAACUCUACGAAGCCGUAGUCCCAUUUGUCACUACGGACGACGACAACAACCAGCGCCAAGACGGCCGUAAAAAGCAAUCACAAUCACAAUCGAAUAACGAACAACCACCGACCAAGCGAUGGAAGUACGACGAUGACGACGAACGCAGUCAUUGCGAUUUUGCGCAGACAUAUGUGGCGGCUGUCAAGAGCCGGUUUGCCAACACGCCCGAGAAGUAUCGGUCCUUUUUGAAUAUUCUGCAAGUAUAUCAACGAGGGAUUGUACCUCCCGAACAAACGCUAGAACGCAUAUUUUACUUGCUGGAAGACCAUUCCGAUCUCCUGGAUGAUUUCACCUACUUUCUCCCAGACAAUAAUAAUCAGGAAGAAGCAUCCAGCGAAGGGGACAGCUGAUAGCCGUCUGUCUGGCUCGACUCGACUCGACUCGAGCGAGUCUGUAUUUAUUUGAUAGAUUGGCCCCAUCCAUCGUAUUGGACACAACAUCACUGGAAAUGGAUGGCAACACUCACGAUAGCGGUAGAAGUGCCAAGUUGUUGCCAGCACAAAGAGAUCCAACGCGAAAAGAAUCAUUUGUACGGUGAUUUUUGGCGGAUAAUUUACUAGACCAGCUAGCUACAUAUAAGUUCAUCUUCAUGCUUUCUUCUUCGUCCCGAGCUACGAAUCUACAUGUACUAGCUAGUACUAGCUAACGGUAGCUAGACUACGAUCUGUAGCUGGUAGGGUUGGUUGGUUUGUUGAAGCGCCCACAUUGCGCCUUUUAUCC